ACAGACAUUGACAGAGACUUGACCUUUGUGACAACAGCUCUUUUGAGGUUAACUACGUGGACCAAAGCAAAAUAUAAACAUAAAUAAUUAGUGAAUUACUCUUCCGUCAUGGCUCCGACACGUAGAAACCGCACGGGCUUAAUUGCCAAAGUAAAUUUCCCCUUGUACACCGUGCAAAUGCUAACAGGUCGCCACAUAUUGGUGGGUGGAGGCGGAGGAACAGCCAAAACAGGGGUUGCAAAUGGAUUUGAGAUUUAUGAAGUAUUCCAUGAUGGAGAGAAGUUUGUUGCACGAGAAAUUAUAAGACAUGAAACAGGCACUAGUGUAGUGAUGAACUGUGCCACAUUCAGUAACAACAAACACACCUAUGUAGUGGCUGGACAAGAGAGUCAAUGCCAGCUUUACAGUGUACAUUCUGAACUUGUUAUAGAUGAAAAUAUAGAAACAUUGACAGACAGUGUAAAAAGCAAUGGAAUCAGGCAUAGAAAGCACUCUGAAUCAGAAGCUUCAAAUGAACGCCGACAUUCUAAAGUUAAAAAUGAUAGGACGAAAAAUAAUAAUAAUAAGAGUAUAACAUUUGUUAUAAAACCAGGUGAUAGUGUGAAUACAGAUUUUCAUUCCGAAGAGCCUGUUCAGAGGGUUGUUAGGAUUUCACAUGAUGGUAAAAUUAUGGCAACAGGUGGUGUUGAUUGCCAGGUUAGACUAUGGAAAUUUCCUGCAAUGCAGCAGAUGAAAACAUUGAGUGGCCACAAAAAGGAAAUUGACGACAUUGACUUCUGUCCGAUAUCGAACACUGUGGUGACAAUAGCGAAAGACGGUCUUGCUAUACUGUGGAACAUUAAAACGGGCAAGCAGCAGGACCAGUUGAAGUGGGAUCAGCCCAAUGGAUCAACGUACUUGUACAAACGGUGUCGGUUCGGGCCCAUUGAAGGCAAAAAAGAGAAAAGCGCGCUGUUUAUGUUAACCAAUCCCACAGGUUUGGCUAAAAAGCAAAAAUCUUAUCUACAAAAAUGGGCCCCGGAGGAUGCGGCACUGGUGAAGGCUGUGGCAAUUGAUGAGAGUUUAUCAGCACUGGCGGUGCGAGACGAUGGACGAUUUGUUGCGAUGGGGACUAUGUUUAGUGGAUCUGUUUCCAUUUACAUCGCAUUUAGUAUGCAGAGGGUUUUACACAUUCCGGGUGCGCACUGCAUGUUCGUGACAGGGUUGGAGUUUCUUCCAGUCGCGAGCGAUAAGCACGCCGUCACCAGUAUAUCCGAAGCAGCUGUGGUAUCAAUUUCCGUAGAUAAUCAAGUCUGCAUUCAUAGCUUGCCUUAUAGACAUUCAAUUCCAUUGUGGAUCGCGAUCUUGAUUAUUGUGUUUGUAUUGAUAUGCACGUUUAUACUUUGCUCAUUCAUGGGCAUUUAAUUAACUAAAUAAUUCUCAUAUACUCUAAUGAUAUAUCUAAAUAGUCGGAAAUUGUUAUUUAAAUGAUGGUUAGUGGCAAAGUUAAAACAUUCAAUUCAAUUAAUGGUCAGUGCUGGUGACGUGUGCCGUGAUGAGAGUUGUUUUUAAAAAACAAGUGUACAUUGUUGAGUGCAACAACACCUAAAAUUUUAUACACAAAUAAGUAAUAUAUAGACGCUGUGCAUUGUUGAAAUGUUUAUUAUUUAUGCUGAACAUGACUGCAAACAAAA